AUGGCCGGUGCAAUUCUGUCAACGGGAAACGAGGCACCAAAGAAGCUGGCCAGAUUCAUUCGCUUCAAUGUGCCCUUACUAGCAAAGAGCGAGUUUCAAGGUCGCGAAGUCGACCUGCUGUUACUUGCCUGGGCACUAUUGCUGUACCGCUACAGUAAUGGAAAUCCAGUCGAGUUUACCUGGGGGAGAAAUGGCACCGGUGCUGAUUUCACCUUCGACUUCAGCUCGUCAAGUGCGGGGUGGAGCCCCGCGAUGUCCUUGACGAGCGCGUUAGAGACUAUUGAGAAGUCGCGCCAGGAAGUUCACGCCGGUCAUUUGGUGGAUGUUGAUAAUGCGAUUGUCUUCUUUAAUGAUGAAUGCGCGCCCCGCGACUUGUCCAGCAAUGCGCGAGUAAGCGACGGCGAUGCGCUUGGUGGUGGAAUGGCCUGGGGAAAUAUUCAACUCCAGGCGACAAUGUCCGAGGGAAGUCUAUGGCUUCGUCCAUGUUGGAGAGAGCCUCUCGGCGCGGAAUAUCUUGCGACACACUUUGCGCGCGCACUGAUUGAAAUCCUCAACAAGACCUUCUCCGACUUUUCUCAGCCGAUUUCGACGAUUCUGCAGCUAAGCGACGUUGAUCGAUCGGAACUCUGGCGGUGGAAUAAAGAGCUACCCCCGCGAGCCGACACUUGUAUUCAAGAAUUAAUAUCGGAGCAAGUCCGACGCAACCCCGCCGCCCAAGCUAUCUGUUCGUGGGACGGAGAUCUCUCUUACGAGGAGGUGGAGAGGUAUUCUACAUUGGUUGCGCAUCACCUAGUCAGCCUGGGAGUCAAGAUCGGUCAGAUCGUCCCGCUUUGUUUUGAGAAAUCACGAUGGACGAUCGUGGGUGUCUUGGGUGUGGUCAAGGCCGGAGGCGCCAUUGUCCUGAUGGACCCAAGCCAGCCCUUGGAAAGACGCCAAACUAUCGCCGAGCAAGUCAAUGCGACAUUGAUCGUGACCUCGAAGACACACGGUCCGUUUGGUGAGAAGAUCGCACCAGGCGCGCAAACCGUGGUCGUGGCACAAGAGGAGCUAGACACAUUGGCUCAGGCUAGCCCGCAGAAUGAGCUGCCGGUCGUUCCUACAGACUCUAUCCUUUAUCUCAUUUUCACAUCGGGAAGCACAGGCAAGCCUAAAGGUGUCAUUAUCAACCACACCACCUACACCACUAGUGCGAUCGCACGAAGUGCCGCGGUCGGAUACACCGAUGUAUCACGCGUGCUUGACUUUGCAUCGUAUGCCUUCGAUGUCAGCGUCGACAGCAUGCUCUGCACUAUGCUACGGGGUGGAUGUCUCUGCAUUCCAUCCGACGAAGACCGUUUGAAUGACCUGAGUGGCGUGAUUCGUCGCAUGGGCGUGACCAUGUCGAACAUGACGCCGUCUGUGGCGCGCAUUCUAGAUCCCGACAUUAUCCCAUCACUGCACAGCCUUGGUCUUGGCGGCGAGUCAUGUUCUGUUGGCGAUGUCUCCGAGUGGGGAAAGCUGACUAGAAUCGUGAUAGGGUACGGACCAUCAGAGUGUACCGUUGGAUGCACAAUUAACCAUAGCGCCGCUGGCAAGCCUUAUGUCAGUAUUGGUCCUGGCAAUGGCGGUAUCAUCUGGCUUGUUGAUCCAGAUGAUCAUAACAAACUGACACCUAUUGGAGGUGUUGGGGAACUUCUCGUCGAAGGUCCCAUCGUUGGCCAAGGUUAUCUUAGUGAUCCUCAGAAGACCGCUGAAUCAUUUAUUGAGGAUCCGACAUGGCUUCUGGCGGGUAGCAACGAGGUCUCCGGGCGUAAAGGACGCCUGUACAAGACCGGUGAUUUGGUCCGCCAUGACCCGGAUGGUGAACAAGGAUUCGUGUUCGUCGGCCGCAAGGACACGCAAGUCAAAUUGCGUGGGCAGCGGGUUGAGCUCGGCGAGAUCGAAUUCCAUGUCAGAAGAUUGCUUCCAUCAGGAACAGAUGUUGCAGUCGAGGUCAUCGCCCCGCAAGGCCGAAGCAAGGAAUCAAUGCUUCUGGCCUUCGUCGCGGAUCCCAAUGCCGAGAAGCCGGAAGGCGACACAGAUACUGGCAUCAAGCAAGUCCAAUUCUCUGGCGCCAUUCAGGAGAAGAUGGGGAGCCUCGAUGAGGAAAUGUCUAAAGUUCUUCCAAUCUACAUGGUACCCUCUUUGUACAUUGGAAUUGAUCGCAUGCCCAUGCUUGUAUCUGGAAAGACAGAUCGCAAGACCCUGCGUGCAUUCGGGUCAGAGCUGGAUUUGUUCUCUUCUGAUCCAUCAACUGGCGAUCUCCAAAAGCCGAGUUCGGAUGCGGAAAUCUGCCUUCAUGAAAUCUGGUGUCGUCUCCUUGGUCUAACUUCAGAGCAAGUCAGCACCAAUCACAACUUCUUCAUACUCGGUGGUGAUUCCGUUCUAGCUAUGAAACUUGUGCCAGCGGUACGGGAGCAAGGAUUUGUUUUAACAGUGGCGGAUAUCUUCAACUCGCCUGUUCUAACUGACAUGGCUAAAUCAAUGCAUAAGGAAGAAGCAGACUCGCAGGUCGAGGUCCUGAGCUUCUCAUUGAUUGACCCAAAUUGGAACCUUGAUGCUGCUUGCACAGAGGCCGCAGAGAAAUGCGGAGUGGAAAAAACUGCAAUUGAAGAUAUUUAUCCUUGCACUCCUUUGCAGGAGAUUCUCAUGGCUUUCUCGGCUCGCUCAGCUGAAAGUUACGUGGCACAGCGAGUUGCCGAAAUCCCCAGCGUGGAAAUUGCCGAGAAGUUGCAAGCCGCAUGGAGUGCUGUCAUCCGUGAAAGUCCAAUUCUUCGAACCCGCGUUGUUGAGUUCACAGACCAUGGCUUCAUGCAAGUGGUCACCAACGAGGCCCCGGCGUGGCAAUCUCGCACCACCGACUUGGAAUCAUUCUUGGAGGAAGACCAGAAGGUCCCAAUGUCGGUUAACAUGCCUCUGAGUCGAUACACCAUCGUCCACGACGAGACUCUCAACCAAAUCUACUUCGUCUGGACUGUUCACCACGCAAUUUAUGAUGGCUGGUCAACUGAUCUUAUUGUCGAGCAUGCGAAGAACGCAUACAAAAGUCUUCCAACUUCACAGCCAGCUGAGUUCAAACAUUUCAUCAGCUAUCUGGCUGAUCCUGCUAGGGAAUCAUCGAAGGAUUAUUGGCGUGUGCAACUUCAAGGCGCCACUGGUCCUCAAUUCCCCUCCCUCCCUUCACGGAUGUACAUCCCCGAGCCGAACGCCGUGGCAGACAGGUUCAUCCCCGUGAAGCCCACAACCCGAACCAGCAUUACCACCGCGACCCUGAUCAGAGCGGCUUGGGCCUUGGUAGCCGCCCAGUACACUAUGAGUGACGAUGUGGUCUUUGGUGAAACCUUUGCCGGCCGCACUCUUCCAAUUCCCGGUGUUGAACAAAUCGAGGGUCCCAUGAUUGCGACUGUUCCGGUCAGAAUCCGUGUCGACCGGUCUGCCCCAGUCCAAGAAUUCUUGCAGGCCAUCCAAGACAACGGUCUUGUCAGAUCCGCCCACGAGCACCUGGGUAUGCAAAAUAUCCGCCGUGUCAGUGCAGACGCCCAAUUGGCCUGUGAAGUCAAGAUGGGUCUUGUCAUUCAACCCCGUCAACCUGAGACUCCGAAGCAGACUGAUGACGAGCUCCCGCCAUUCCGAGUUGAGGAUGCUGCCCACGAGGCCCUUCGCUUUAACUCAUACCCAUUGAUGUUGGCCUGCUCUCUCCACCCAGAUGGAUUCCAUGUUACGGCAAGUUUCGACUCUCAGCUCAUUAGUGAGCCACAGAUGGGUCGUGUCUUGGCACAGCUGGAGUACGCGGUCGCACAGCUGUGUACACAGGAUUCAAAGCAGCUUUGUGAUAUUGCUGGUGUUAAUGACGCAGAGCUUGCUGAGAUCUGGCAGCUGAACAAAAACGCGCCCUUGGUAUCUGAGGCUGCAGAUAAAGCCCCGGAACCUUCCAAAGGACUCGCUGUUGGGGAAACUUACCCCACGAGCUUCGUUCCUUGGAUUGUGCAUCCCUCUGAUCACAGUUUGCUUGUGCCGCUCGGAACAAUGGGUGAAUUGUUGCUGGAGGGUGUUGAUGGUGCCAGUCUUGAUCCACCGCAGUGGCUUGUCAAGGGUGCAGACGAGAUUCCCGGUCGACAGGGCAAGCUCUAUGGAACCGGUGAUCUUGUCAAGUAUGCAGAUGACAAGUCUCUGAUAUUCAUGGGCCGAAAGGAGAGUCUACGAAAGGUCGAUGGCCAUGUUAUGGAUCUCACUUCGAUUGAUGCUCAGCUUCGCUCGUCACUUCCCGAGGGCACUGAUGCUGCUGCGCAAUUGAUUACUCCAACAGGCUCUAAUAGUCAGACACCGGUUCUGGUUUCUUUUGUCAGCGAGAGCCCAUCGGAGGACCGAGCUGUUACUCUAGGUGUUGAGGCCCCUGCCGAGCUCCCUCUGGCAACAAUCAUUUCAACAAACCUUGUUGAGUCAAUUGCUGGCCUGAACAAAGUGUUGUCUGAUGUGCUGCCACCUUAUAUGAUUCCUUCAGUCUACGUUCCCGUUCAAGCCUUGCCUCGCGCUGGUGACGAAUUUGAUGCGCAGGCUCUGAAACUGAUGGCGGAACACGUCAGCCAUGACUUGCUACUGCAGCUACGAACGGCUAUCAUGAACUUGCGCCCUGGCAGAGGUGAUGCUGUCCACAUGAAUAAGAAGGAACGGACUUUACGUUCACUGUGGGCCAAGUCUCUGCGAAUGGAGGAAGAGAAGCUCGCUCUGGACGAUAACUUCUUCCGCCUCGGUGGAGACUCAAUCAUGGCUAUGAAACUUGUCUCUGCCUUGCGUCUGGCAGGCUAUCAUUUAUCUGUGACUGACAUUUUCCGCAACAUGCAGCUGCGCGGCAUGGCUGGUGCUUUGGUCGAGCUCUCAACGGAUGAAACGCGACCAUCGAAGACUUACACGCCUUUCUCGUUGUUGAAUGUGGCAGAUGUACAAGCAUUCUGUGCCCAAGAUAUUCAGCCAUUGCUGGCCGAGACAGAGUGGAAGAUCCAAGAUGUUUUGCCUGUCACGGAACCCCAAGAGCGUGAUGUCGAUGCUACUGUUUCGGCUCCUCGGAGUGCUCUCCAGUACAACAUGCUGUAUCUGAAUAAGGAUAUUGAUACCGAAAAGCUCAUUGGUGCCUUCAAUGCGUUGAUCGCAACCCAUCCCAUUUUGCGAACAGUCUUUGUCCGUGAAUCCGAUCGGAUGCUUCAAGUUGUGCUUGAUCAUCUGGUCGUCUCUGCAUCCGAACAUGUCACCGAUGGACCUGUGGAUGAAUUCUGCAAGAACAUCGCCAAGGAAGAUAUCGAAGUCGAUUCAAUUUUCCAACUCGGAAUGUCUUCCCUGGGCUUAUUCGCAGUGCAAGGUGCUGAAGAGAACGCCCUCAUGAUCCGCAUUUCCCAUGCUCAAUACGACGGCAUCUCCUUCCCAGAGAUACUUCGCCAAUUAGAGCUCCAAUACCAAGGAGAGGAAAUCAGCUCUUCCCCUCCCUUCUCCACCUUCAUUCAAUACCAGAACGACGCCAGACCCGACAAUAUCGCCUACUGGCGCGACAUGCUCCAAGGCUCACGACUCACAACCCUUCCAGAGCCGGAGUCCACCAAGACAAACUUCAUCAAAAAGCAAGUUGACAUGAGCGCCCGCUCCCCAGACACAACCAUGGCAACUCUCCUCACAGCCAGCUGGGCCCGUGUCCUAUCCCAACACCUCUCCAUCCAAGACAUUACCUUCGGCGGCGUCGUAUCCGGCCGUACAGUCGACGUACCAGAUAUCGACAAGAUCAUGGGCCCAACAUACCAAUACAUGCCACUACGCGUGAAAUUCGAAUCAGGGAUGAGCACCAAAACCCUCCUCGACAGCGUGCGUGACCAAUACCUCGAGGGCAGUCGACAUGCAACACUCGGGUUCCAGGAGAUCUCCGAUAACUGCACGAGCUGGUCCCCGCUUGUAUCUUUCUUCUCGUCGAUUGUGCAUCAUCAUGAUAUCGAGUACUUUGAUAGCAUCCCCUUUGCGGGAUCGGAGGCUCGUGUCGAUUAUAUUAACCCGCACCCUGAGCCUACUAGUCCUACUCGUGUUGUGUCUUAUACUGAAAAGGGUGAGACUUUCGUGGGUAUUGAGGCUGAUGAGGAGAGGUUGGAUUUCUGGGAGGAGAGACUGGCUGAAUUGGCUACGGUGAUUGAGGGCUUUGUGAACGAGCCUGAGGCUCGAUUUUGA